UACUGUAAAGCACUACAGUGAACAGUUUUCUGAGCAUGUCUCUAUUUCUAUAAGAAACUCUCACAUUACAAUAAAUCACUACACAUUAACAGGGGCAACUCACACCUUGCAGGCAGCAGCCAGCCCCACUAGCACUUGGUAAUUCUGCUGGCAUAGCCUGGUUUCAUUUUCCUGUUUCACCAGCAGACACAGGGCACACGCCAUUAGUGAUGGCACGGCUGAGACACAGCCCCUAGAGCUGUGUUCCUUGGUCUCCUUGGUCUGGGCACCACAAUGCACAUAAAGUACCUGGGCACAGCAGGCCUCAUUGAGAUUUUGGCUAGCUAUACCCAAGCUUGUAAAGAUGAGAAGUCACAAUGUCCCAAUGUCUGUGCUAUCUUGGGAUUUUGGUCAUGAGGCAAAUGGUAGGGACUUACUCUGUGACCAUACUUCAAUUGUGGUUCUAAUAGUGGUGUCUUGCUUAUAGUAUUGUUCUUAUUUGUUGCUCCCAAACAUAAACAUAGAAAACUAUUCUUUUUCUUUAAAAAUCAUUAAAGCUGCAACUAAGCAUAAAAGAAAGUGAUGCCACCAAUUCAGAUUUCCCCUAAAUUCACCUAGCUUUUCUCCUAAUGAAUAUAGGAUAUCAUUACUUUGCUGUGCUUUUGUAUGGAUUAAGUUCUCUUGCUGCAUCAAAUCCUUUCACUUCAGUAAGUGCAGGCAUUUACCUUCCCACAAAGGGUCAAUCUUGUGUUUUACAUACCAAACUGGGCCAAGUAAUUUCCCACACAAAACUCUAAAAAUACUGUUAUGCCCACACUAGUCAGAAGUUCUACAGGAAAGACAUCUGUACAAGCAAUAAUAUAAGAGAUUAUUUCCACUAAGGCUAACUGUGCUUAUGACCAUCUAAAAUCUGUUCUCAUUUCUAUGUAUGAGAGUAGUUGAUAUUUCUGGCUUGGCAGUGCAGACUACAUGGCUGAUGAUGGAGUGAGUAUGGGAAGUGACCACAUUGAUGCAGCAUUUUUUUUCAUGAAGUUGAAGUUAUUGAGAGUUUAUUGUUAAACCUUCUUCAUUCUCCAUCUUCAAUGGCAAAGGAAUUAAAACCCCUCAACUUGCUUGCUCUACCACGUGUAUCCAACACAUUAUUUACAAAAUGUAUGCUUCACUUCCCAAAAUUCAGUCAUCUUUAAGUAACUACUCACCAUACAUGAACUUCAGACAUGAGAGAAGUACCACUUUCCAUUGGUCUUAUCCCUCAAAAACAUCCCAUGCAAGUUUUACUCAUACUUGGCUUAAGCAUACGUUUCCUUUUUGCUUGGAUACACCUGGCACAGCUAAAGACAUAGAAACAAAAAGCACGGUGGAAAGCAAACCUGAUCUGCUACCAUAAUUCUUAUGCUCCUAUACUUACACCUGGCAUCAUGCAAGCCCCAGCAUUUUCUUUCCCUGGGCAAAAAACACUGGAUAAAUGCAGCAGUCCAUGCUUAAAGCAGUAAAUAACUAUAAUAGAAGAGUGAUGAAAAAGACUAUUUGGGGGAAUUAAACAGUGUGAAAAAACCCAGUCCCAAACACGUGAAAGUGAAUUACCGCAAGGAGUAUUGUAAUUGGAUGGCAGUCAGUGCUGUCAGCCAAUUUUGGUUACACUCUGAGCAGCAAUCCCAAAGCCCACGUUCGUUUUUCCUCUCCUAAGGCUGUCCGUGCCUGUGACCUGCGCUGAACGGAGCAGCUUUUUUAUCUUGUGCCGUGAGAGAUCACGGACUGAAGCAAAUUCAUUAGCUUUGCCGUUUCUUACGCUUUUAAUGAACUACUGCCGGCUGCGAACAUUUAAAACAACAAGGCGCCAACAAAAGCCUCGAGACUGGUCAAGAAGCUGCAAGUUUUCCCUCGCCGUUCGCCUGACUGGAGGCUCUGCGGUCGCGCCGGGGACGCUCCGGAGGGCCCAAAGCUGCUCCGGGACAAGAGUGUGCGGGCCCCGUUGAGGCGGGAAUGCCCCCAGCACCGCGGGAACGGCCCCGAACAGCGAGAACGCUCCAGGAUCGCGGGAAUGGCUCCGGACCGUGAACCGGCCGGAACGAUAACGCAGGGCAGGACGCGCAGCCUCCCACAGCUCGCCCAGCACAGACUACGCUUCCCGUGAGGCCUCGCGGCAGAGCGCGGGCCGCGGUGUGCGUCAGCGGCGCGAGCAGCCAAUCGCGGCGGGGCCGCGGCGAGCGCCGUCCGCCGCCAAUGUUGUUUUCGCUGAGUCGAGGUGCUGGUGUUGUUGGCGGCGGCGCCAUAUUGGAAGGGACGCGCGCCCGCUCUCGAGCAGCCCCUGGGCGCGGGCCCGGCCGCCGCCAUGCUGUACCUGGAGGACUAUCUGGAGAUGAUCGAGCAGCUUCCCAUGGAUCUGCGCGACAGGUUCACCGAGAUGCGCGAGAUGGACCUGCAGAUGCAAUGGAUCAGCUUGAGCAGAGGGUAAAUGAAUUUUUUAUGAAUGCAAAGAAAAACAAACCUGAAUGGAGAGAAGAACAAAUGACAUCAAUCAAAAAAGAUUAUUAUAAAGCUUUGGAAGAUGCAGAUGAAAAAGUGCAACUGGCUAAUCAAAUAUAUGAUCUGGUAGACCGUCACUUGAGAAAAUUGGACCAGGAACUUGCUAAAUUUAAAAUGGAACUUGAAGCAGAUAAUGCUGGAAUUACAGAAAUAUUAGAAAGACGGUCUCUGGAGCUGGAUACACCAGCACAGCCUGUGAAUAACCAUCACUCCCAUUCUCACACUCCAGUAGAGAAAAGGAAACACAAUCCAUCUCACCAUAGUACAACAGAUCAUGUUCCUGAAAAGAAGUUUAAAUCUGAAGCUCUUCUAUCUACCCUGACAUCAGAUGCUUCUAAAGAAAACACACCAGGGUGUCGAAACAGUAAUUCAUCAUCCUCUUCAAACAAUGCAUACAAUACAAACUCUUCUCAACCAUUGGCAUCAUAUAACCUGGGCUCAUUAUCUUCAGGAUCCGGGGCCGGUGCAAUUACCAUGGCAGCAGCUCAAGCAGUGCAAGCCACAGCACAGAUGAAGGAGGGAAGACGAACAUCCAGUCUAAAAGCCAGCUAUGAAGCCUUUAAGAACAAUGAUUUUCAGCUUGGAAGAGAAUUUUCAUUGUCCAGAGAUUCAGCUGGAUAUUCAUCAUCAGCUCUGGCAUCGACAUUAACUCAGACGUUAAGUUCAUCAACCACAGAUUCACGAAGUGGCAGAAAAAGCAAAAGCAACAACAAAUCCUCAAGUCAGCAGUCCUCAUCAUCAUCUUCUUCUUCCUCUCUGUCAUCAUGUUCUUCUUCAUCUGCGCUGGCACAAGAACUGUCUCAGCAAACAGCAGUAAUACCAGAGUCUGAUUCUAACAGCCAGGUUGAUUGGACCUAUGAUCCAAAUGAGCCACGUUACUGUAUUUGCAAUCAGGUGUCCUAUGGUGAAAUGGUAGGCUGUGAUAACCAAGAUUGCCCAAUUGAGUGGUUCCACUAUGGAUGUGUUGGACUGACAGAAGCACCAAAAGGGAAAUGGUACUGUCCACAGUGUACAGCUGCAAUGAAGAGAAGAGGCAGCAGACAUAAAUAAGUUUGUUCAUCUGGAAAAAAAUUGCAUAAUAAAGCUUUUAUAAAGGACUUGGGAGGGGAGGGGCAACUCUCAGCACACUUCCUUGCAACCACUGAAGAGUAACAUAGCAAUCAUAGAAUGGUAUGGUUGGAAGGGACCGUAAAGAUCUUCUAGUUCCAGCCCCCAGUCAUAAGAUCUUGAACUAUUGGUUUUGAUAAGUCGUGUUUUAAUAUUGUAGGUAAAUUAUUUAUGCACCUUGAUGUGCUACAGAUACUAUUCCAGUGAGCCUUGGAUUGUUCCAGUGGCCAGCAUAUGCAGAUAUUUGUACUAUCAAACCAUUUUCUCUAAGCAGUGGGCAUUCUACAAGUACUCAAUCUUCCAAAAAUUCCGAUAAGUCAAGAUUUUAAAUGUAUGUUUUAUAUACAACAGAUAUAUUCUGCUGCAUGUACUGUACUCAAGAGCUGUUACGUAACACUAUGUAUAUUAAUAGUGCAAAAAGUCAGUGCUUCUGAAAGGAAAAAGAGACAGUGGUUUUUAAAAUGCCUUUAUAGCUUUGGUUCUUUAUGAAACUUAAUUCAGCAGGCUGAAGAAAAUGGUUCUUGUAUACAGCGGGCUGUUGUCCUUUAGGGUACUUGAGUAUGUAAAGACAAAAAAUGCUGUAGAAUACAACAAACUUGUGCCAUUAGUCUUUCUAUGUUUCUGCUCCAGAGAAGGCGGAGGCCAUAAGAAGAAAAAAAGGUGUUAAAGUGACGAUAAAUUUUUAUACCAAAUGUGUUUAUUUUUUUGUGCAAGUAAUCCUUUAAAUUUGAAUUGUAUUAGGUGUAAAAUAAAAGAACCUCAACUCCUCAGA